AUGGUCAAUCCCGUACUCGUCGAGCAGGAACCCGAGCCCGAUAUAGAGGCCGCUAUACGAAGGCGUUCGAGCAAUACCCCAAUCCCCACAAGCGAUAGCCUACAGCAAUCAUCGCCCAGCCAAGCCUACGCCGUAGAGGCUCAAUCGCCUCUGCCUACGGUCACAGGCAAGGACUAUCAUCGUCCUUCCCUCCUCAUCCGCUCCACGUCCGAUCGGACCGGUGCAGCGCACAAUGAGAGACACCACGGGAGCUCUAGCUCGGGUGGCGGUAAUCGACCGCCACCUUCGCCCGAGUCGGUCCUCGGCCUGCCGGUCGGGAGUGCCGCAGCUCAGCACGAGCACAAGGAUGGGACGAUCGCGGGGAUGGAGUUGAAUCGCGCGGAAACCAACGAAACUAUGCCUUCUGGCCAUCAGGGCCACGAUGGGGACGAUGACGAAGCGGUGCCAGAAGUCACCUGGAAGGCCUCGUUCAUCAACACUCUCAAAUGCGCACCCCUCGUCUGCGCCCUGCCUGUCGCCAUCCCAGUCGCGUGGGGUCUGCACCUCGCCAAAGCCAAUGACGUCGCUGUGUUCGUCACAUGCCUUAUUGCUGUCAUCCCGCUCGCAGCUGGUAUCUCCUUUGCCACCGAAGAGCUCUCGCUCCGCGUUGGAGAGGCAUGGGGAGGUCUCCUCAAUGCCACCUUCGGAAACGCCGUCGAGCUGCUCAUCGCCAUCAUCGCCCUCGUCGAUGGGCAGAUUGAUAUCGUCCAAGCCAGUAUGAUCGGGUCCAUCCUCAGUAACCUGCUCUUGGUUCUGGGUUGUUCCUACUUCGCUGGUGGUCUUCGGUUUCACGAGCAGAUGUAUGCCAUCCCCAACGCUCAAAUGCAGAUCGGUCUGCUGGGUAUCACUCUCAUGGCCAUCACCCUUCCGGCUGCUUACCACUAUGCCUGGCCCAACACCGUUGGCGUCGACAGCAUCCCGAAUGGCGCGUCGCCCACUGGCGUCGAGCUGCAGAACCUCCUUAUCAUUUCGCGGGGUCUCAGCUUCAUCCUUCUUGCGUGUUACGCCAUGUUCCUCACCUUCCAGCUAUACACUCACGCGUACCUCUUCAAGGUCCCCCGGAAUCGUCCUCUCCACCCGCUGCCUGGUCCGGUACCCGACAAUAAUCGUGUCUUCCCCAAGCCCCACUGGGUGUCCACCCUUGGCAGUAGCUCCGACACCUCCUCUACCACCUCGUCGCGUGAUACCUCGGGUCACCCAUUCCGUCGGUUCCGCCGCUUCUCCGGGCGAGAGCGAUCGGAAGCUCCGGACAACGAUACGGAUCUCGAGCGGGGCCUGAGCGCGGGUGUCAUGACCAUCGACCCUCCCGUCCUGCCUACCGCUCUGACCACCGGGUCCGAGGAGAAACCACCGCUGAAGACCCGCUUCAAGUUACCCAAGGUACCCGCUGUCCGCGUCCCCCGCGAGCCCGGCGCUCCGGCCCCGCUCACCACCGCGGCGGUCCAGCGUCUCCAGGAGGAAGAUGUCGACCCCCACCGCCAGCUCCCCACCAUCAAAUUCUGGUACGCCGUCGGUCUGCUCGUCGCCAUGACUGCCCUUGCGGGUGUCACGGCCGAGUUCCUCGUCAGCUCCAUAGACGGUAUGACGGCCGCGUCCAAUGUCUCGCGCGAGUUUAUCGGUCUGAUCCUCCUUCCCGUCAUCGGUAACUCGGUCGAGCACAUUACGGCGGUCACGGUGUCGGUCAAAGACAAGCUCAACUUGAGUAUGAGCAUCGCGGUCGGCUCCAGUAUCCAGGUGUCGCUGGGUAUCUUGCCCAUCCUGGUUCUGAUUGGUUGGGCGAUCGGGCAGCCGUUGACCCUCUUCUUUGACGCUUUCGAGACUAUCGUCUUGGUCAUCGCUGUCCUACUCGUCAAUUUCGCUAUCUCGGACGGGCGCACCAAUUACCUCGAAGGCUUCGCCAUGAUGAUGGCGUAUGUCUCGAUCGCGCUCGUCACUUGGUUCUACAACCCCAUCCGGUAA